GAUAGGCAGUAACAAGCGGCUGCAGUACACAGACCAACUGAGGCAGCUCGUAUCAUUGACCUGCAUAGGGAGCAAUUUUGAAGCCGGGAGGAUAGUCCCCUAGGACGUGAACUGGGUUUUCAAGAUUUCUUUCCGCCUAAUGUGAAAGAGUGGCAAAGAAUACUGGAAUCUCAAACAAAAGCGAUGGGAGCUUUUGGAGUGAUAAUAGGGAUUUUACAUUACACGGGACUCUACAUCCAACUUAGUGCCUCUUCCAGACAAGGUGGACACGCCGAGGUAGAGAACCAUAUCUCUGGAAACGCUCUCUUCACGGAGGUCCCCCAUGACAUCACGGCACAGAGCGGGCAGGAUGUGGAGAUGGCCUGCUCUUUCCGCGGGGCGGGGUCCCCUUCCUACUCCCUGGAAAUCCAGUGGUGGUACAGCAGGAACCAUAAAGACUGGACAGACAAACAGGCUUGGAUGACCAAUCAGGUUGUGCCCCAGGAGGAGAUAUCAAAGGAUGCUACCAAAAUAAGUGUGGUGAAGGUGGCUGGAAGUAACAUCUCUCACAAGCUGCGGCUGUCCAAUGUGAAGCCUUCGGACGAGGGCACCUACGAGUGUCGUGUCAUCGACUUCAGCGACAGCAAGGCCCGGCACCACAGGGUCCACGCCUUCUUGCGGGUGGAGCCAGAGCAAAACUCCGCCCUCCACCACCCAGGCCCCGCCUCCCACGCCCAGGGCACCCAGCCGGGCGACCGCCAGAUGGAACACUCCAGGCACUCCCAAGCGCACAGCCACCACAAAGGGGGGAGGGAACUGAAGAAACGGUCCACUGACACACCUACUGACUGCACUGACAGCUGUGUGCUGUAGAUCCCCCACCCAGAACACCC